AUGUGGAUGGAACAUGAAAGGUUCAAAGUUACUGUUAUGCAAAGUUGGACUAGACCAGUGGCUGUUCGGGGAUUUGAUGGUAUUUUGGUGAAGCUUAAGAGACUUAGCCACAUUUUGAGGCAAUUUAAUAAAUCUGAAAUUGGUGAUGUUGAGCGUAAUUUUCAGAUGGCUAAGGAAAAUUAUAACCAGGCUCAAGUUCAACUUCAGCAAGAUCCUCAUUCUUCAGAAUUUCAAGCUGAGGAAAAGCAAGCAUUAGAUAAUCUUGUUCAGAAUUCCAGAUUGUAUGAUAGUUUCCUGAGGCAAAAAAGCAAAGUCAAUUGGCUCAAAUUUGGGGAUGAUAAUACAACGUUUUUCCAUGCUUGUUUGAAACAGCAGAAGGAAGUUAAUCGAAUAGCCUCGUUUGUUUCUGAUAAUGGCCAGUUAGUGGAGAAUUAUGAGGAGGCUGUGGCUCACUUUUUAUUUCAUUUUAUAAGUGUUUUGGGCAGUCAAAGUAAGGCUUCGGGUUCUAUUCAUAAGGAUUGCUUUGUUCAUGGAAAUAUCCUUUCUUUAGAGCAUCAGCUGGCUUUAAUAAAACCAUUCACUAAGAAGGAUGUUAAGAAUGCUAUGUUUAGCAUUGGGUCUAUCAAGAGUCCGGGUCCCGAUGGGUAUGGUUCGGGUUUCUUCAAAUCAAUGUGGAAUGAGAUUGGUGAUGAUAUUUCAGCUGCUGUUUUGAGUUUCUUUCAGCAUGGUAUUCUUCUUAAAGGCCUAAAUAAUUCUUUGUUGUCUUUGAUUCCUAAAGUUGCAAAUCCAACUAAGGGAAAUAAUACUUCUGUUCAGAUUAUUCAGCAGUGUUUUCAAGCAUUUAGUGUUGUUUCUGGUUUAACAGCGAAAUUGGAGAAAUCCCGAGUGUACUUUGGUGGUUUAACUGAGACAGAGACCAAAGAUAUUCUAAAGGAUUUGCAUUUUGUUGAAGGUGAAUUCCCUCUAAAUCUUGGUAUCCCACUGAGACCUCCAAAAUGGAGAGCAGGGGACUACGCUAAUAUAAUUCAGAAGAUUCAAUUGAAGCUACAUCAUUGGUCUAAUCUUCAUCUCUCAUUUGCUGGAAAAACUCAACUUAUACACUCUGUUUUGUUGGGAAUUAGAGCGUUUUGGAUGAGUAUUUUUCUUCUCCCUAAGAGUGUAAUUACUGAGAUUGAUCACUUAUGCAGGAGAUUUUUGUGGGGGACCAGCGGGUGGAAUGAAAACAGAAGUAAACUUCACCUCACGGCUUGGGAUCAAGUUUGCCUUCCUAAGCAUUUGGGGGGGAUUGGUUUUAGGGAAGGGGCCAAAUGGAAUAUGGUGCUUCUUGCAAAAUAUAUCUGGGCUGUUUCUACUAAACAGGAUAUUCUUUGGGUUAAAUGGAUUGAUGCCAUUUAUCUUAAAGGGCAAUCUAUUUGGGAGUACAAUCUUCAGACUGAUGUGAGCUGGUAUUGGCGUAAACUAAUUAAAUUGAAGUCAGUCAUCAAUGGUGAGAUGUUAGAUAAAGCAAUGGUGAAUAACAAGGUGAGAAAUCGAGUAGCUGGUUGGCUGGGUAGAGAUGUCUGGCCUGUGCAUUAUCAUGGCUGGGUUGAGUGGAUGGUGGGGAAGUCGAAGGGUAUUCAGCAGAAAGUCUUAGCUGCUGGUUUAGCAGCUUCAGUUUAUCUGCUUGUGGUUCCAAAGCGCAUCAUUUCUUACUCGCCAGAGAUGGUACACUGUCACAGCAAGAAAGGAAAAAAACAUGCUUUUAUAUGUAUUCGACACAUGCUUGGCAUGAGAAAUCCAAUGCAGGAGACGAUUAAGAUUGAUGGAUUAUGCAUUCCAAUGAAUCCAGCUUUUGAUAGCCUCUAA